AUGUCUCUAGACGAGGAAGCUCUCCAAACAGCCGCCAAUGGCGGCCCCAUGGAUUUAGCAAGAUGGAACGGCAUGGCUGGUCCAUUGAUUGAGCGACUGGAAUACAUCGUAUACAAUGUGUUUCCCAUGCCUCAAGCGCGCUCCGAACCCAUCGGCCAGCAAUUAUUUCCCAACCAUUCUUCCCAGGCGAACCCCAUUCUACCCGAAAAUAGCAAUAAGGAAAACACAUCCCCCGCCGAUAUCCAAACUUCGCCCCAAGCGCGAACUGUCUCUCCCCCACAGCCCGCGAGCGCGGGUGGCCAGCUUCCACCUCCGCUUGCAUUUCUUCUGAGCGCCAUCCGUUCAUCGAUCAAAACUUUCUUCGAGGAGAAACCUCCACAUACCAUCCAGAGACUCGCAGAGCUAGUCCUCUACCCGACCAGGCACUAUAGGACGUUACCCGCAUACCUACGUGCUGUUGAUCGCGUUGUCUCAGUGACAAGCUCCGCAGAUGUUUUCCCAUUUCAAACGCCGGCUGUCGCGAUUGCUCAAACCAACGGGAUACUGCUUCCUGGCGAUAGCACCGGGGUAUAUAUAAGCCCUGAGUUUGCCCAGGGUCUUGGGAGCGAUGAAUCUCUGGGUGGUGCACUACUUACUCCGAUCCCGUGGUUAGUCAACGCCUCGUUCGAAGGCGAGGACUCCAAUGGCGAUGCAGGUAUACUAGUCGAUGGCACUGAAGCUUUACCUACACAGCCUGGGGAACAGGACACCACAACCCUACUAUCAGUCGAAACCGACGAAACGGUUGCUACCGCCUCACCAGAGCUAUCUGACGAGGUUCCUCACGCCCGUGGUCCAAUGCUCCUCGGCGUGGAAGACAUGGGUCUACAAGACGGUAAAGGCGUCGAGGUGCGUCUUACCGCAGACGGUUUGGAUGGUGCCACCGAUGUCCCUACAACUGUUACUCCUACCAUGGCAACGGAACAACAGGAAAAAGCCGAGUCAACUGGUGACAAGGACGGUGAUAUCGUCCUUACGGACACUGAACCGAAAGAAGGGGAAGAAGCCAAGAAUGAAGCAGAGCCCCAAGCAGGAAAUGCACGGUCAGAACCCACUGGUGAUUCAUCCCAAGCGCCGGACGCCGAGAAGACAGCAUAA